AUGGAACCAAGCAAGAAGGGAGGUUUUGGUGAGGCCAAGGCAAAGAGAAAGGCAAUAUUAUCAAAUAUAAGAAAUUGUGGAUCCAGCAUUAUUGACAAAACUCCAUUAGGGUAUUCAUCUAUAACAGUGCCCCCCCUAUCAGUGCAAAAUUCCAACUACAGUACCCCAUUUACUUCAAAAGAAGCCAGAGCAAAGAGAAAAUAUGUUCUCUCGCAGCAUAAAGGGGGUAAUAAAUCUGCAAGGCCGAUUCAGACCGAGGGCAAUAUUAAUGAGGAUCUGUCUAAUCAUGAAGAUGCAGAAAACGCUGAAUCUGAAGACAAUGACCCAAUAGAAGAGCCCAUCCCAGAAAUCCGUCCAAACAUUAUUGUUUUGCUUAAAAAGGUUGAAGAUACAGACAAAGAUCAUAGAGCUAAGAAUUUUAAGGAAAAUAUCAGAGCAUAUAACAGCAUGUUCGCAUUUACCUCUAUGGGUGGUAAGGUUCAAACUUCUAUUAAUAACGGAGGCGGGCCUCCACAAUUUGUCAUAUGCGGUCAAAACUAUCAUCGAAUAGGAAGCUUAAUUUCGCAAGUAGGUCAACCCCCAAAAUUUGCUCAAUUUUCUAACGGUGUUGGAAAAGGGCUUGAUAAUUCAUUGGUUGAGGAUUUAAAAAACUUGAUUGACCAGACCAAUGUGCUUGCUAGAGUUUUUUGGCAGGUUCGUGAUCAUCUAUCUUCUGAUGAUACUUCUCAACUUUCUGUGCGACUUUUUCAAGCAAGGGGAAAGGAUCCCAGAACCUAUAAUAUGCCUACGGCUGAUGGGGUUGCAACUUUGAUCGUUGGAGACUUUGAUGAUAUGCAAUUUGGUAGGAAUGUUGUUGUUAAAUUGAGAGAUUGUUUCUUGACAAAAAUCCACGAGACGCAUACUGCAUUCAUCCCACUGCAGUACCCUUUACUUUUUCCUUAUGGAGAAGAUGGAUUUCGUGAGGACAUUCCUAUUAGUGAACUAUUCGGGAACACGGGUACUUAUAAAAGACACAUUGUUUCUUUGAGGCACAUAUGUUGA